CUUGCUGAAUUUUACAAAGGAUUAUAACUUAAGGGAUUUAUUAGUCCUACAAAACAUCAAAUAGCAGUGUUUAGCUGUUCUCUGCUUACUUGGUAAUUGCCUAGGCAGUUCUGGCCCUAAAAAGCUAGAAAGCCUAAAAUAUACGCUAGUGAGGGGUGAUUUUGCAAGACCAUGCACCUAGCUUCUAGCCACAACAGCAUGCCAGGUCUGGUCAUGGAGUCUAACCAGGUCAACGGCAACCAGCCCAACGCCAGACCUCCAGGUACUAAAAGCAGGCCCAACUACAAUGAUGCUGCAGCCGCAACACGACAAGUUGUUAAGAAAGAGGACAACUACAACGACGACGACGAUGACAACGACAACGAUAGCGAAGGCGACGAUGGUGUCUACAGGUCGCGGCCGCAGCUGCAAGAGCCUGAGAUUCUCAUACGCAGCCUGGCCGAUUUGAUGAAGAGGCUGCAAGCCGGAGACAUCGACGUUGACCCUGAGUAUCAGAGAGACGUUGUCUGGACAGCUGAUCGCAUGACGAGUCUGAUCAAUUCGCUCAUGGAGAAUUUCUACAUCCCUCCCAUUCUACUGAACAAGAAGCCGCGGCCGCAGCAGGAUGUUUCAGCUCCUCAGGAAAUAUACGUAUGCGUUGAUGGCAAGCAACGUCUGUCAUCUGUGCUUGCGUUCAUCAAGGGCAUGAUCCCAUGUCACGAUCACCGAGGAGAGAAGUGGUGGUUUUGCGAACCAGAAGGUAGCAAGCGCAAGCGAGUCAUAUCGGAGCAACAGCAAAAGCAGUUCUUCCUGAAAGAAUUUGUGGCAUUCGAAUACGACAACUUAUCGCCAGAGCAAGAAGAGGAUCUUUUUGCCAGAGUUCAGAUGGGGAUGCAGUUGAACCUUGCAGAAAAGAUGCGCGCAUCGACGGGGCCGUGGCAAGAACUCGCUAGGCUGUACGUCGUGGACUUCCCAGCCGUAUACUCGUUGAUGAAGGACAGAGCCAGGUCCAAGGACUUCCAGCUCACGUUAUCCUGUUUCAGUCAGAUUGUUGAGUGCAUGCACCCAACAGCUGCGAACGGCGUACCAGUACUAAAGACCAAUCACACCCAUCUACCGAAGCUUCUAAGUAACAAGGGCGCUGUGGACGAUGCCCUCAAGUCACACCUUGCGAGCGUCUGGAAUACAUUCAAGGACCUCAUCGAGGCCGAUCCUGACACGUUCACGAACGCCAAUAAGUACCUACGGGGUGUACAGACAUUCGCUCCUGUUGAGAUGGUCGCAGUAUCUGUUCUCAUCUCGAUGCACUCCGAGACUCGUAACAACAGGCUGCUACUUGGCGAUAUCCAAGCUAUGCGUACAGCUGUGCGUGAGAACUUUGUCGAUCUUCGACUCAACGCAACUGUAUGGAAAUGGUUCUGGGAGUAUAUUGAGAACUUGGAGACCAUCCGAGGAGCCAUUGAUGGGAGCACUCUCAGCCGACGAACAAAUCAGCCAACCAAGAAGAACGUUUCCAGUGAAGGAGCAGCAGCCAGCUCGACUGUAGCAGCAAUCAGUGCUGCGGCUGCAGCCCCUAAAAAGGGGAGGUUCACAGCCCGAACCAAACGGCGAGCGGAAGCACCGGUCGACGAGAUGCUUAUCGAGACUCCUGCCGCUGUGGAGCAAGAGCCGGUUGCAGCUCCUAUGCCGGAUUUGCGGUCCCCGAAACGAAGACGUACUGAGAACAGCGUCCCGAGUGGAUUACUCGAUGAUGUUAAUGCAUUGUCGGGCUCAAUCAACCACACGACUGGUCGAUCCACUGGAACGGCGGAAAUGCGAACGAACCCAGACUCAGGACUUCCGCCUCCUCCUGCAGAAGUGCGAAGACAGCAUAUGAACAAAACCAACGGCUAUCAAUCCGCGCAUAGAUCUGCUAUUACAAUUUUACCCAGCGGCUUACCUGAAUACCAUCCACAGUCUGCAGGAGAGCCGCCACGAGCGCCAGUAGCGCCCAUGCAGGCCGGGCCAGGUCCGUUCUCCUCGAGUCAUAGCAUGUGGCAAGAUGGAGGUACCCAGCAGCCUCAAGCGAUGGUCACUCUAAGAGAGCCCCUUCCAGGUCAACCGCGUUCGACACAGAAAGGCAGCACAAGUACACUGCAGUCUACAUGUGGACAGCAUGGUGAGCCCAUCGAUCUGACAAGUGAUACGGAACAGGAGCGGGCAAGUCUACUGUCGGCUUUCAAAACGAGACCUGUCUCCACCAGACCAUCAAGCACUACUUCAAAGCCCACACCGGAGCCUGCAUCGCAGAAACGGAAGUCCACUGCCGAGAAGCCCAGAAUAUCAUCGCAAGAGCAGCCAAACAGGGAGAAUAACCCGUAAGUAAGGCAUAAGGGACCACGAAGCAGAUUGGAACAAAGACAUCAAAUAUAUAAUCAGGCGCGAUCUGCCCGAUUGACUUGCCGGGCUCCUGGCUCGUUCCGCAGCUCAAAUGUAGAGAACGAAGACGGCCACCUGAGCGGCAGAAACAGUAAGGAGGCAUUAUUGGUAUCAAAAUUACAUCCUAGCUAGCGAGCAUCAACUACAUCACUCACUCGUUUACAC